GCGAAUCAAGAGUCAUUCCGCAUAUGUCACCACACCGAUCGACGUGGGGGGAGAAAGUGGGCCAGAUGAUGGGUCGCCCCGGGCCUCAAUGAGGAGCUCCCGUGCUCAGAUUUUUCCUUCCUGGUGGGCAUAAGCCCCUUCGUGCUUCCUUGCGAGGCAGGAGGCUCAAAGCCGCCUCCCUUGAGGGGCGUGGGAGGGGUGCUCCCACUACGGAAAAUGACCCCCAUGCUGAAAGCUGCCACCGGGCGAGAGAAAUGGAUCAGGUUGAGCGCCGCUAAGAGGGCUGCGUGCUUGCUGGCUGCGGCAUAUGGGCUGAAAAUCCUCUGCCCGCUCAUCUGCAGGCGGCUCAGGCAGGCUGGCUGCAAAAAGGACUUGCGGCAGCAGCAUGUCGCCAGCAGCAGCACCAGCAGCCGGGUCGAAGGGGGGGAUCUUCCGAAGGAGGUGGUGGAGGAGCUGCUGCAUUGCAAUGGGCUCCCAGCAGGCAGAGCCUCGCCGGCGGCCAAUGCAGAAUUUUUCCGGCAGCUGCUGGAACUUCGCAAGAUCCUCUUUCCCAAGUUGGUGAGCCCAGAAAGCGGCUGGCUCUGCCUCCACUCGGUGGCCCUGGUCUCCAGGACCUUCCUCUCUAUCUAUGUGGCCGGCUUGGACGGGAAGAUCGUGAAGAGCAUCGUGGAGAAAAAGCCCCGGAGCUUUGCCCUGAAGCUGAUCAAGUGGCUCAUGAUCGCCAUCCCGGCCACUUUCGUCAACAGUGCCAUCCGCUACCUGGAGUGCAAGCUGGCCCUGGCCUUUCGCACCCGCCUGGUGGAUCACGCCUACCAGACCUACUUCGCCGACCAAACUUACUACAAGGUGAUCAACAUGGAUGGCAGGCUGGCCAACCCCGACCAGUCCCUCACCGAGGACAUCAUGAUGUUUUCGCAGUCGGUGGCUCACCUCUAUUCCAAUCUGACCAAGCCCAUCCUGGAUGUGGUGCUGACCUCCUACACCCUAAUCCAGACGGCCCGGUCCAGGGGGGCCAGCCCCAUUGGGCCGACGCUCCUAGCCGGGCUGGUAGUGUAUGCCACCGCUAAGGUGCUGAAAGCCUGCUCGCCCAAAUUUGGCAAGUUAGUGGCGGAAGAGGCCCAUCGAAAAGGCUACCUGCGCUACGUCCAUUCUCGAAUUAUAGCCAACGUAGAAGAGAUCGCUUUCUACCGAGGGCACAAGGUAGAAAUGAACCAGCUACAGAAAAGUUACAAAGCUCUAGCAGACCAAAUGAACCUCAUUUUGUCCAAACGUUUAUGGUACAUCAUGCUAGAACAGUUCCUGAUGAAGUAUGUCUGGAGCAGCAGCGGUUUGAUUAUGGUGGCUGUCCCUAUCAUCACUGCGACGGGAUUUGCAGAUGGCGAAUUAGAAGAUGGUCAGAAACAAGCUAUGGUCAGUGAGCGAACAGAAACCUUCACAACUUCACGAAAUUUAUUGGCCUCUGGAGCAGAUGCCAUUGAAAGAAUUAUGUCUUCUUACAAAGAGGUCACAGAGUUAGCUGGCUACACAGCUCGUGUAUACAACAUGUUUUCAGUCUUUGAUGAAGUGAAGAGGGGCAUUUACAAAAGGAUGGCUUUUUCCCAAGAAUGUGAAAGCAGUAACAAGAAGAGAGAGAAAACAGAACGACAUAUUGAUGGCCCGUUAGAAAUCAAGGGAAGUGUGAUAGAUGUUGAUCAUGGAAUUAUCUGUGAAAAUGUUCCUGUUAUCACCCCAAAUGGAGAUGUGGUGGUUUCCAGGCUAAACUUCAAAGUUGAGGAAGGAAUGCAUCUUCUAAUCACCGGACCCAAUGGUUGUGGGAAGAGUUCUCUCUUCAGAAUUCUAAGUGGCUUGUGGCCUGUCUAUGAAGGAGUUCUCUACAAACCACCUCCUCAGCAUAUGUUCUACAUUCCUCAAAGGCCUUACAUGUCCAUUGGAACACUGCGGGAUCAAGUCAUCUAUCCUGACUCUGUGGAUGACAUGCAUGAAAAAGGGUACCAAGACCAGGAUCUUGAGCGUAUACUGCAGAUAGUUCACUUGAAUCACAUAGUUCAAAGAGAAGGAGGGUGGGAUGCUGUUACAGACUGGAAAGAUGUCCUAUCCGGAGGAGAAAAGCAGAGGAUGGGCAUGGCUCGGAUGUUUUACCAUAAGCCCAAAUAUGCAUUGCUGGAUGAAUGCACGAGUGCUGUUAGCAUUGAUGUUGAAGGAAAGAUAUUCCAAGCUGCAAAGGGAGCUGGCAUAUCCCUGCUUUCAAUAACGCACAGACCAUCUCUUUGGAAGUACCACACACACUUGCUACAGUUUGAUGGGGAAGGAGGCUGGCGCUUUGAACAGUUGGACACUGCUAUCCGCUUAACCCUCAGUGAGGAAAAACAAAGACUAGAAUCCCAGCUUGCCGGAAUGCCAAAAAUGCAGCAGAGACUAAAUGAACUUUGCAAAAUCUUAGGAGAAGAUUCCGUGCUCAAAACGAUGGAUAAAGAGGAAUAAAUGUUUUUAGUUUUUUUCCAA